AUGCGCCGUAAACAACAGAUGCAACAAGGUCGUCUAAGACUGCGACCCUGGCUUGAGAAGCAGAUACAGUCAGGGAAAUACCCAGGUGUCACCUGGCUUGAUGAGACAGCUCAAGUUUUCCAGAUUCCUUGGAAGCAUGCGGCUCGACAUGGUUGGAAUAUAGACAAGGACGCCACUUUGUUCCGAAACUGGGCAAUGCACACAGGCAGAUACAAACCUGGGAUAGACAAGCCUGAUCCUAAGACAUGGAAAGCCAACUUCCGAUGUGCCCUGAACACUCUACCCGAUGUGAAAGAGCUACAGGGCAAGAGCAUCAAGAAGGGCAGUAAUGCCUCCAGGGUUUACAUGAUGCUGCCUGUUGUUAAACGUACCGAACGAAGAAAAGCCAUCCACUUCCUUAUGUCUGAAACACAGGACCACAGAAAGGUUUUCCUGAAGUACAGAGGUGGACAGACCAGUCACAACCCUGCUAUGUUUCAUGUCGAGGACAAAUACCCUCCCAACAACAACAAAGAGGAAAGAUCACCAGAACAGCCCUACUCUCACCAGUCUUCCUUCACACCUGAAGCAUAUAAAAACUCUGAUGCUAAUGAGCAAGCAGAGGCUGUAUUCAAGAUAGUUGAUCACCUAAAACACUUGGAGCACUGGAGCCAGUCUAAUGACAACAGAAGCUGGAGGGCAGCAGACACCUCCUGGGUGGACAGUUACUGUGAGAAUAUGGAUUACUUGGGGUAUCCCAUGGAGACUGACUGCUACACAUACAGUGCACAGCAAAUACCAUUUCUAUAA